AUGGAAGAAGCUAUUGUAUAUGUAAUUGAAAAGGCGUUAUGUGAAGAAAUAAGAAGUUCAAAUCAUUGGAGUAUUAUGAUAGACGAAACAAACUCUAUUACAGAUGAAAAACAUUUGGCUGUUGUGUCCCGGCAUAUUUCACAUAAUGUACCCGUUACACGAUAUUUGGGAAUGAUUAAUUUAGAUGAACUUACUGCUGAGGCAAUUGCGUUUGAUUUAAAGAGUUUUAUUAUCGCUAAAGGAUUAAAAGUGGAAAAUUUAUUACAUUUUGGCAGUGAUGGGGCUGCCACUUUAAUUGGCACGAAAACAGGUUCUUAUCGACGUAUGCAAAAUUUAAAGAUGAUACAAGAAACACUAGAAGAUCCACAAUUAGCUAUUCUUAAUAUAGUUAAUACGAGAUGGCUAUCAAUGUCGAACAGCGUAAAAAAUUUACACCAAAUAUUAGAUUCAGUGAUCGAUGCAUUACGUUAUGAUGCUGAAUUUGACAAAAAAAAUCAUCUGGCAAGCAAUUUACUUGAUGAACUGAACUGUGAUUUUAUCAUUUCUACUAAAUAUCUUGCAGAUUUAAUGUUUAUAUUGACGAAAUUAAUUAAUGUGUUUCAAAGAGAAUAUGUUAGCUUUGCUGACAUAAAAAUUCAUCUGGAUAUGGUGUAUGAUGCGAUAACGGCUCAGUUUAUCGGAUUUGAUGGAUCUACUCCUUCAUAUGGCACCCAUUUACGAAAAUAUAUGCAAGACUUUAAUAUUUCGCCAGAAAAAUUGCCUCCAUUUAUAAAGAGUUUUUCCGAAGCAAUUGUUGAUAGCAUAAAAUCAAGAUUCCCCCAAUCUAAUUUGUAUUAUUCUUUUCGUAUAUUUGAUCCCAAAUUAUUACCUAUAAAAGAAAGUGAAUUAGGUAAUUAUGGUGAUGAAGAUAUCAAAAAACUUUCUGAUUAUUAUGGAAUAGAUAAAGUGGACGAAGAAGGAAAUGUAAUGGAAAAAAUAGUUGAUAGUGAUGAUGUAAAACAGGAAUGGGAGGUAGCAAAAUAUUACAUUAAACAAAUUAGAAGUCAAAAUGCAGCAGGAGGAUGGGAAUAUAUUUUUAAUACGUAUCCAGAUUUUGUGAACGAGUUCCCAAAUAUUGCCAAACUAGUUAAAAUUUCGUUAAUUAUUCCCUUGUCAGAUGCACAAGUUGAAAGAAUAUUCUCUCAACACAAACUUACUAAAACCCGAUUAAGAAAUAGAAUGAAUAUUGAAACAUUAAACAAACAUUUAAUGAUAUUACUUAAUGGACCUGACGAUUUUCGUAGGUUUGAUUGGAACAAAGCCUACGAUUAUUGGGCAAUGAAAACACGUCGCUCAAAUUAA